CCAUAGUUAAGAGUGUGCAGUAACUCAGGUUUAUACAUUGUACGUACGUGACUGUUAAAUCCUCUAAUUUUGACGAAAUGGACGACGCAGAGCUCGAAAAAAUUCGCGAGAAACGCAUGGCUGAACUCCAGCAGCAGCUCGGGGGUCAAGGAGGGCCCUCAAGUCAGAAAGAUCAAGAAGAACGUAAAGCUAGACAAGAAGAAAUGAAACACAGUAUUCUUGCUCAAGUAUUAGACCAGUCAGCAAGAGCUAGAUUAAGCAGUAUAGCAAUGGUAAAACCUGAGAAGGCAUCUAUGGUAGAAAAUAUGUUAAUAAGUAUGGCACAGAGAGGACAGAUACAAUCAAAGCUUAGUGAGCAAGAAUUAAAAGGACUCCUGGAAAGUGUGAGUCAACAAACACAAAAGAAAACCACCGUUAAGUUUGAUAGAAGGAGAGUGAUGGAUUCAGAUGACGAAGAUGACUAUUAAUUCUGCAAUCCAAGAUAGUUAUGGUUAUUGCUAGUUAGUUUACAAUGUAGCAUUUUCAAAAGAACAAUUUUUAUUUAGCUCCUAUUUUCUGUGUCAAAACAGUUAUCUCAAGAACCACUAAGGAUGAGACCUAGACACCCUGCGACUUCUUUUUCAAACCUCUAUGAACAUAACGUUUUACCCCUACAGGUUUUAUGUAUAUUUGGUGGGUCUGUAUUUGAAUUUUCCAAAAAAUAUGGUGUUCACUAAAUUUGGAAUUAUUUGUGUAUCUCAAAAAUAUGCAUUUCUAAGUUUUUAUAAAAAUUUGUGUUGAAGCAAAGACACUCGAGAAUACAAGGACACGCAAUUGCAGUAAAAAUCAAAAGAAAUAAAAUGAUGUUCCAUGUGAUGUGUCUUGGUGCAGGACAUUUUAUUAUAGCCGUGUGCAUACAACAAAUCUGCAACUGCCAUAUCACACUUUUUUUACUCCUGUGUGCGAAUCACACAAUAGGAGUCUUUGUUACCCUGUCUGUAUGUGUGUGUGUCUGUCUGUCUGUCUGUCUGUUCCAUGGAUGUCUCAAGAACCGUAUGUUGGCUUUUAAUGAAACUUGAUGAGUAGAUG